AUCUUUAACCAUAUCAUCCACCACUCACUUGUAACUCCACUUUUCUUUCCUGAAUCUCUCUCGAUCCUAGAAGAUGGCAGGUGUUUGGGUUUUCAAGAACGGUGUGGUUCGGCUUGAGAAUCCGGGAGCUGACACGGCAGACGGAAGGCGACACCGAAAAGUGCUAGUCCAUUUGGCCUCAAAUGAGGUCAUAACUUCAUAUUCAGCUCUGGAGAUGAAGCUCUUGUCGCUUGGAUGGGAGAGGUAUUACGAUGAUCCGGAUCUUCUGCAGUACCAUAAGAGAUCCACAGUUCAUCUCAUCUCACUUCCCAAGAAUUUUAACAAGUUCAAGUCCAUGCACAUGUAUGAUAUUGUUGUCAAGAAUCGCAAUGUUUUUGAAGUCAGGGACGUGUAGUUAAGCUAGCUAGCUAAGCAUAUGGCUCGCUUGUGCAGGCGCUUUGUUUUAAAAGAUUUUCGGUUAUUCCUUAUUCGUAAUCGUUCGAGUGUUCGAGUCUCGGUGGAGGCAAAUGUGUGUGAGACCGAAAGGUAGCAAGUUAGAGUGAUGUUUUUAAGUUUUGUUGUCAGAAGUGUGCUUGAUUGUAAUGCAUGUACGUUUAAAUGAAAAUUUGUUGUUUGCA